UCGUUCGGCAGGGGAGCAAGCGGCUCGUUCGUCCGUCGUCGCCGCCGCCGCCGCAGAGCCGAGAGCCAGCCAGAGGAGCGCGGGCAGGAGAGAGCAGGAGCGCGAGGCCGACAGAGCGAGCGCCGCCGCGUGCGCGGAGUCGGGGACGGCGCGCCGAUGAGCGGAGCGCGGCCGCCUUCGGUCAGCAGCACCCGGACCAGCAGCAACAAGUCCUAGCCGCGGCCGAGCGCACCCGAGCAGGAUGCCGCGCUGCCUGAUGGCCAAGAAGUGGAAGGCCUACCCCUGGUCGUCGGAGCGGCUGCUGCUCGAGCCGCCGCAGACCGACGACGAGGAGAUCGAUGUGGUGGGCGACGGCCAGACUGGCGCCCCGUCGGCGGCGCCGCAGCCGCAGCAGGCCCCGCCGCAGCCGCAGCCGCAGCAGUCGCACUGGGGCCCGCACAGCCCGACGGCCGGGGCCACGGCGCCCUCGCCGCCGCCGCUCAACGCCUCCGGGGCGCUCUACUACCACGGCUACACUCACGAGCCGUCCUGGAUCAACCACGAGGACCCGCCAAAGUACGCGACUCUGCGCUCGGCCGCCGAACUAGCACGGCCGCUCGUCCCCUCGCCGACGCACCUCCACGAGCAGCAGCCGGUGCCCGAGCAUGAGUCGCCGGCGGCGCUGGCGCAGCAGCCGCCGAUGAGCGUGCCGCCGCGCAAGAGCCUGAGCAUGUGCUUCACCAGCACGGGCACGGCGCUGUCGCUGCCGCCCAAGAAGAAGGACAUCUACCGGCCGUACAGCCUGCAGCCCAGCAGCACCGAGAUCCGCAGCUCGCCCGAGGAGGACCUGUCGGCGGCCCAGGCGAUCCUCGACCUGAGCGCCUCGCCGGCCGCGCCCAGCCACUCGAUCUUCGUGCACACGCUGCCACCGGCGCAGCCCCAACCGAUACCGGUGUCCGUCCUGGUGCCGCUGCAGCAGCCGCCGCCGCCGCCGCAGCCGCCGCCGCAGCCGCCGCCGCAGCCGCGGCCGGCGCCGCGCUCGCCCGAGCCCGGCGCGUCGAGCCCCGGCGCCGGCGCCACCAGCAAGACCGUGGCCUACACCUACGAGGCGUUCUUCGUGUCGGACGGGCGCUCCAAGCGGCGCGCCAGCGGGGCCGUGGCCCUCGGCGCCGCGGCCGCGGGCGGCGGGCCCGGCGCCGGCGCCGCGGCCGCGGCCUGCGGCGAGAAGGAGCUGGCCGGGCAGCCGGCCGAGCGGCCCAAGUUCACCUGCACCGAGUGCGGCAAGCAGUACGCCACCUCGAGCAACCUGUCGCGGCACAAGCAGACGCACCGCAGCCUCGACUCGCAGUCGGCCAAGAAGUGCAUCCACUGCGGCAAGGCCUACGUGAGCAUGCCGGCGCUGGCCAUGCACGUGCUCACGCACAAGCUCGCCCACAGCUGCGGCGUCUGCGGCAAGAUGUUCUCGCGGCCGUGGCUGCUGCAGGGCCACCUGCGCAGCCACACCGGCGAGAAGCCCUACGGCUGCGCGCACUGCGGCAAGGCCUUCGCCGACCGGUCCAACCUGCGCGCCCACAUGCAGACGCACUCGGCCGACAAGAACUACGAGUGCUCGCGCUGCCACAAGACCUUCGCCCUCAAGUCCUACCUGAACAAGCACCUCGAGUCCGCCUGCCUGCGCGACGACGAGGCGCUGCCGCCCGCCAGCGGCCGCGCCAGUCCGCUGGCCCAGCAGCAGCAGCAGCAGCAGCAGCAGCAGCAGCAGCAGCAGCCGCAGUCCAGCCAGCGGGGCUUGUAGCCGGCCGCCGCUGGGGCACGGUAAUGCGGGACCGCCUCCACGCCCGCGCCAGCGAGGGACGUGCACGCCGAGCAUCGCGACGAGGUGAACCUUAGUACGCAUGUCAGAGCAACACACUCUCACCACCAACCUCCCCGACACCGCCGCCAACGUCGCGUCGUAUAAAUAUGAAUAUAUCAUGGUCGAGAUCAUAUACACGUAACAUACAGUUAGGGUAUAUCUUUCGAGACGAGGCGAG